AUGGACGAUCUCUUCUCAUCCUCGACCACAUCAUCAGACCCGCAAGUCAUCUAUUCCUCCACCCUCUUUCAAUCCCGCCUCGUCUACGUGUAUCGCCUCCCUCCGCGCUCCUCGACCACCUCGGGGUACAAAGCAAAUGACUGGGCGGACCCCAAGACGGGGGACUUGGCUAGUACAGCGAUAUGGAAGGGGAGACUGAGAGUCGUAGAGAUGGAAAGAAAAGGGAUCUGUGAGAUCAGGUUGGAGGACGGGGAGACGGGAGAGCUCUUCGCGCUUUGCCCCUACACUCCUACCACCUCUCACGAAGCAGUCGAACCAGUAACGGACUCUUCGCGCUACUUUGUUCUGCGCGUCGAGUCACCCAACCCGAACGGUGGACCGCCAAGGCGAGCAUACAUAGGCAUGGGCUUCGAGGAUCGUGAUAUGAGUUUCGAUUUCAAUGUCGCUCUCAGCUCCUGGGUCAAGAGACAGAAGAAUGCCGCAGCUGGUGGAGGUGGUCGAGGAGAGGCGGGAGAAGCGGGGGCAGACGAAGGGCCUAGCCCUCAUUUGCCAAAGGAAGGGGCAAAGGACUUGAGCUUGAAGCAGGGCCAGACUUUUGCUGUCAAGAUUCCGGGAGCAGGAGGGAGGAAGAUUAGGGAGGGUGGAGCGUCACUGCUGGGGGGAGGAGGUGGUGGUGGUGGUGGAGGGGGCCCGCUCUUGCCGCCGCCGCCUAGCCGAAAGAGAUGAGCGAGCAGGAAAGGGUAGACGUGCGGAAUGGAAUGUGAUGAGAAAACGUUUAGAUUCAGGACUGUCUAUUGUACAAUGC